CUGAAUAGCCAUCAUAAAUUACGAGCAGAAGAGGCAGUGAGAAGAGAGACAUCAGCAUUUCUGUCAUCUCUUUUAUUGGUAGUCUGUCCCUAGUGACAUAAUUGCUAAAUCCACUCCAUUAAUCUCUCUAUCUCAGUCUGAUUCUUUCUCUGCAACUCUUUCACGAUCUCCGAUCCCAAAGCAAAAUAGAAGAGACGAUGCCGGGUCUUGUCUCGGUCAAGACGCCACCCGAGGCACCCCCUCUCCGCAUCUCCGUUCCCGAGAUCCAACCUCAGUCUCAGUCUCAGUCUCAACCACGACCCGAACCCGCUGUUCCUAGAACGCCCAACAAGAAGCCUCCGUCUCCAUCCCCUUCCCGAUCUAAACCUUCUCCUACCCGCUCAGCUAAGAAACCUCCGCCCGACUCUCCUAAUCCGCUCCUCCUCUCUGACGCCUCCCUCGACAACCCGGAUCUUGGUCCUUUCCUUCUCAAGCUCGCUCGUGAUACCAUUGCCUCCGGUGACGGACCUAAUAAGGCUCUUGACUACGCAAUUCGUGCGUCUAAGUCGUUUGAGCGAUGUGCCGCAGAUGGGGAACCAAGUUUGGACCUCGUUAUGAGCCUUCACGUUCUGGCUGCUAUUUAUUGCAGUCUAGGAAGAUUCGACGAGGCAGUGCCGGCUCUAGAGAGAGCCAUUACUGUGCCGGAUUUGGCUAGGGGGAUGGACCACGCGCUCGCUGCGUUUUCUGGGUAUAUGCAGUUGGGGGAUACGUACUCGAUGCUUGGACAGGUCGAUAAGUCGAUUGCCGCAUAUGAGGAGGGGCUUAAGAUUCAGAUCGAGGCUUUGGGAGAGACUGAUCCCAGAGUUGGGGAGACUUGCAGGUACCUAGCUGAGGCUAAUGUUCAAGCCAUGAACUUCGAUAAAGCAGAAGAAUUGUGCAAGAAAACACUUGAAAUUCAUCGUGCACAUAGUGAAUCGGCAUCUAUUGAAGAGGCAGCUGACCGUAGACUAAUGGCCCUCAUAUGCGAGGCAAAGGGAGAUUAUGAAUCAGCUCUUGAGCACCUUGUUCUUGCCAGCAUGGCAAUGAUUGCAAAUGGACAAGAGAAUGAAGUUGCUGCUAUUGAUGUCAGUAUUGGAAACAUUUAUAUGUCUCUGUGCCGCUUUGAUGAGGCCAUAUUCUCUUACCAAAAGGCACUCACUGUUUUCAAAUCAUCAAAGGGUGACAACCACCCUUCAGUUGCCUCUGUCUUUGUACGCCUCGCUGACUUGUAUAAUAGGACAGGUAAGCUCAGAGAGUCAAAGUCUUAUUGUGAAAAUGCUCUAAGGAUAUAUGCAAAACCUGUACCUGGAAUCACAACAGAAGAGAUUGCUGGUGGGUUGACUGAGAUUUCAGCCAUUUACGAGUCUGUAGAUGAGCCUGAGGAGGCCUUGAAGCUCUUGCAGAAGGCAAUGAAGUUAUUGGAGGACAAACCGGGACAACAAAGCACUAUUGCAGGAAUAGAGGCACGAAUGGGAGUGAUGUUUUACAUGGUCGAUAGAUAUGAAGAAGCAAGAAACUCUUUUGAGAGUGCUGUAGCAAAACUUAGAGCCGGUGGGGAGAGGAAGUCGGCCUUCUUUGGUGUUGUCCUUAAUCAGAUGGGAUUGGCUUGUGUGCAGCUGUUCAAGAUAGAUGAGGCUGCUGAGUUGUUUGAAGAAGCCAGAGGUAUACUGGAACAGGAGUGUGGCCCCUGUAAUCAAGAUACCCUUGGAGUAUAUAGCAAUCUUGCUGCCACUUAUGACGCAAUGGGGAGGGUAGACGAUGCAAUUGAGAUCUUGGAAUAUGUUCUUAAAUUAAGAGAGGAAAAGCUUGGGAUUGCAAAUCCUGAUUUCGAAGAUGAGAAGAAUAGGCUAGCAGAACUUCUGAAAGAAGCUGGCAGGGCUCGUAACAAGAAGACAAAAUCACUGGAAAAUCUAAUAGAUAAAAACUCGAAGAGGAACAAGAAAGAGUCAACAAAGAGGUGGCCUGGCCUGGGUUUUAGAAUAUGAGCGUGUGUCUAUUUAUGACAUUUAUCUACACGUGCACAUUCUGUAACAUAGAGAUCAUGUAUAGUGUCCCUGUUGUAAUCUGGUGCUUUUCUUUGUUUCUGAGCUUUGAAAUCCUGAUUUGUUUGCCACAUUUAAUUGAUUUUAUUCUGUCUGUUGGGACAUAAAGGGUGUUCACGAGAAGAAGAAGAAUGUUCAUUUGAGCAAAUAAAUUUGGAAGAUAUUCUGAUUUUUUUA